AUGUCGCUCACCAACCAGAUGUUAAACGACCGGAAAGAAAAAGAUUGUAUCAGUAUCACCCACGAGAGGAAGUAUUAUCGUUCUGGUGUCUCGUUUAUCAAGCGCUCACUGCGACCGAAGGAAUGGCAAGUCAGUCAAUUCAAGGGAACGAUUCAUGUCCCACGGAAGGCGAGAGAGAGAAUACUCAACGAAGCUGCGACCCUGCGUUUUUUGGAGGAAAACUCAACUAUUCCUAUCCCGCGCCUAUACUGCUGUUUCGAAGACGAUGAUGCCGUUUAUCUCGUAAUUGAGUAUAUCGAGGGGUUAGUUGGGGACGAGUUAGAAAAACAUAUUCUGGAUCUUCACGCGCUCCGUUCUUCGAAGAUUGGAGGCCCUACAGGCCUUGUGAUACCCCCUUAUCGUGUUAUGCAGAAGUCGUUUAUUGAUAACUGGGAGCUACAACAGUCAGAUAAAGAUGAAUUUGUCUUUUGUCACAAUGAUCUCUCCCAGCAUAACGUUAUCGUUGACCCGAAUUCAUUGAAAAUAAGGGCCAUUAUUGACUGGGAAUAUGCUGGAUUCUAUCCUGCUUAUUUUGACCGUUCGUUCUUCAGGCGCAAAGGGCCGUCGGUGGCGAUUGACGGUGAAACAGACGAUUCAGAGAUAUUGCUUGAUUUCCUCCAGUCGCGCCUACAAGGCAACCUAACAUGA